AUGAUACCUCGAAGGACUCAUCGAGGUGCAAAGGCACUGCGCUCUUCCGUCUUGACUAAAAAUCAGAGCUCGUUGAAUAUCACCGCUUCUACAUCGCGAACUUAUGCCACAUCCAUAACAUACGGAACAUCUUCAAGAUCACCUCAAACGGUGAUUGAAAAAGUCGUUGAACGAUACACGGUUGGGUUACCUCAAGGACAUACUGUUCAGGCUGGAGAUUAUGUUAUGAUUCGACCAGAACAUGUGAUGACUCACGAUAAUACUGGGCCCGUUAUUUCCAAGUUCAAAUCUAUCGGCGCAACUUCCAUUCAUAACCAUCGUCAACCAGUGUUUACUCUCGACCACGAUGUGCAGAACCUGUCCCCAGCCAAUUUACAAAAAUAUUCGAAAAUUGAAUCCUUCGCCCGUCAAAAUCAUAUUGACUUUUACCCUGCCGGUCGAGGUAUAGGUCACCAAAUUCUAAUCGAAGAAGGUUACGCUUUCCCGUACACUCUCACCGUCGCUUCAGACUCCCACUCGAACAUGUACGGCGGCGUAGGCUGUGUCGGGACGCCAAUAGUUCGUACGGAUGCAGCCGCACUGUGGGCAACUGGCAAGACGUGGUGGCAAGUUCCGAGAAUGAUUAGGGUCGAGUUGAAGGGAAGACUCAGAGCUGGAGUCACUGGGAAAGAUGUCAUCGUCGCGCUUUGCGGGGCUUUUGGCAAGGACGAGGUAUUGAAUGGCGCGGUGGAAUUCUGCGGAGAGGGCGUAGAGAGUUUAACUGUGGAAGAGAGACUGACCAUCGCAAACAUGACGACCGAGUGGGGAGCAUUAUCAGGGGUGUUUCCGGUAGACAGAACGCUCGUCGACUACUACGACGGUGUGGUGGAUAAACUUGAACGCAGAACAUUUGGAGGAGAAGGAAUUCCACCUCCGCCUGAACACCCCAGGCUCAACCGUACACGAGUUGACUCUCUCCGCCAAACACCUUCUACCUCAUUUGCUUCAGAUCCAGCGGCUACCUAUGCACUUCGACUAUUGUUUGAUCUCUCCUCCCUCGUUCCGCACGUUUCCGGACCAAAUUCCGUCAAAAUCGCUACACCCUUACCUAAAUUGGAAGACAAAAGUGUGCAGGUGAACAAAGCGUACCUGGUAUCAUGUACAAAUUCGAGGGUUGAAGAUUUGAAAAGUGCCGCUGAUGUAUUCAGGGGGUACGAGACACCCUCCUCGUCUGCUUCACCAGUCUCUGCAUCGGCUUCCCCAGAUGUUUCAACAAUCAAGCACCACGUUCAUCCCUCUGUUCAAUUUUAUAUCGCUGCUGCUUCUUCCGUCGUGCAAGCCGAGUCUGAAGCAAGAGGGGACUGGGAUGUUCUUGUUCGUGCAGGAGCAAAGGUAUUGCCAGCUGGAUGUGGCCCGUGUAUUGGGUUGGGAGUGGGUUUGUUGGAGGAGGGAGAAGUUGGCAUCUCCGCCACCAAUCGCAACUACAAAGGCCGCAUGGGCCAUCCUAAUGCACAAGCCUACCUUGCCUCGCCUUCCGUCGUUGCUGCGAGCGCGGUUCAGGGGAUAAUAUGUGGACCGGAUUCGUUGGGCUCUGUUCGAUCAGAGGAAAAAGAUCUGGAUCUGGAGCCGAAGUAUGAUAUCGUGGAAUUGACGUCCUUAAAAUCUACUACCUCCCCAACACUCGCAGAAUCAACGACAACGAAUUCAACGUCGAUAGAAAUCAUGCCGCCGUUCCCGACCCAGAUCAAUGGUCCGAUCCUGUUCUUACCUGCAGAUAAUGUAUCGACGGAUGCUAUAUAUCCUGGAAAAUACACGUACCAAGAUUCCAUGUCUCGCUCUCAAAUGGGCGAAGUGGUGCUGGAGAAUUAUUCCCAAAACGCUAGCGGGUCAACACCGAGCACAACAACAACAAGUACAAGCUCAAGUACGACCUCAAAUGCAAACCCAAAGAGCACCACUAUAUCCGCCCCUCUCCUGAUUUCUGGCUUCAAUUUCGGUACUGGUUCCUCUCGUGAGCAAGCUGCCACCUCACUGCUCGCAGCGGGUGUCCCGCUUGUUGUUGCUGGCUCUUUUGGCGACAUAUUCAAGCGUAACGCAAUCAACAACGGCCUGAUAUGCUUGGAAUGCCCCUCUCUCGUUGACUACUUGACCUCCACUUAUUCGACCCAAUUAGAAGGAGGGAGGAGGAGUGCUGGUGCAGGGAAUGGGGUGAUGAUUUGCGACUCUGCUAAAGCCCAUAACGCGAACGCGGAUAAUAAUAUGUCGAGCUCGGGUUUAAAGUUGGGCUUGGAAGUGGAUAUGGCUGAAGGUGUCAUGAUGCUUUCCGAGGGGAAGAAGGAAAGUAAAUUUACAUUUAAAAGCGUAGGUACUAGUGUACAAGAGCUGUGGAUUUGUGGGGGAUUAGAAGGGCUGGUUUUGAAAGAGUUGAGGGAGGCUCGGGAAGGAAAGGCAUGA